AUGGCAGUGUCUGAUUUUUUGUUCGUGUGUCUGCUGAGCGCUCUGCCGGGUCCACCAGGAGCAAGAAUUGAAGAUGCCUAUGUUCAAUUGGUCCCUAUUAACAAACAGAAGUGUAGGGACAUCGACCCUAUUAGAGAUAUAUCAUACCAAUUGUUCACAAGAUACAACCCGUUACAGCCUUCUCAACUACGAAUAAAUGACGAUGAAGCACUCUCACGGUCUUAUUUCAAUUUUUCCGAGCCAACUGUGAUAUUUUUCCAUGCUUUCUUCGAGUCCUCACAAGCUACACCAGCGACUCUGAUCAGGACAGCGUACACGCAACGAGGUGACCACAACAUCAUACUGGUGAACGCGCCUCGUUUGGAAGCCGGCCCUUGGUACCUGACCGCUUCGAAGAACACGAUGGUGGUAGGGCAGUACACCGCCCGCCUCAUCGACUAUCUGGUGUCGCGGGGGCUGCACCUGCCCAGUCUGCAUCUGACGGGGUUGAGUCUGGGUGCCCAGAUGGCAGGAGUGUGCGGCCAAAGCGUGAGGAGCGGCAGGAUACAGAGGAUCACGGGUAUGGACCCGGCGGGGCCGCUGUUCAAGAAAUGGCCGAAGAGCCUCAAGCUGGACGCCAGCGACGCCGAAUUCGUCGACGUCAUCCACACCGACGCCGGCAUCUUCGGCUACCCGACGUCCGUCGGCCACGUCGACUUCUGGCCCAAUCAGGGCAUCGCGCCGCAACCCGGAUGCCAGAUACCGGAAAUCAAGAAGAGGAAUCCGGACGGCAUACUCGAGAAAGUUUUCUGUAGCCAUUGGAGGUCGUACCAGUUUUACGCAGAAUCGGUGGUGAAUCCAAACGCUUUCCAGGGGGCUGUAGCAUGCAACAAUUGGGCUGAAUACACGGAAGGAGUGUGCACUCCUGAAAUGAGGCCCACCACCAGGAUGGGGCUUUAUGUAGAUUGGGAGGCCAGAGGGAAUCAUUUCCUUCAAACGAAUCCUGAGUCGCCUUUUUCCAUGACCUAG